AUGGAGCCGCUGAUGAGGACUUACCCCGGAAUCGUCACCUUCUUCCCUGAGUAAGUUUUCAUCGAAUCAUUGAAAUACUGGUCGCGAGGCUGUUCAUUGAUUCAAGUGUACAAUUAUUUUUCUCACUUUGGUUUAUUCGGAAAAAAAUGCAAAGUUCAGAGAAAAAGGAAAAGUAACGGAUCAUACAUAUUUUGGGUUUCUGAAAUCGCAAUGAAAGCAUAGAGAUUUAAAAUAAUAAUUUAUAUCACUCAAAAAGUCAUUAACUUAACAUAACUUCACAGGUCUGGGUUAUUAAUUCCAAAAUUUUAAAGAGACAUUAUUCAAAGUUUGCUUCUUUCAAUUUCAAGACGUAGCCAAAUCUUUCACGGAAACUGAAGUUCUAGGUUUUCAGGAAAUUGGUUGUUUUGAAAGUUUUCAAUGUUAAACAGGGGAUAUUGUGUAAUUUUCAUCAAACUUUCCAUUAAUAAAACGAGAAAAUAUUUAUUUUUCCGAAGGAUGAUUCAAGAUGGGAAAAAAGUUGUUUUUGAAGGUCAAUUGUUUAGUCAGCAAUUGUAUAGUGCUAAUUGUUAUUUUUCAUCUCACGUGUAAUAAUAUUUACCCUUUCUCUAAUUGAUGGCACUUUUUUGAACGGAAGUCAUGAUCAUCUCCAUGACCUUUUUUCCUCCGGAAUACCAACUGAGUAAUCCAUCUCACCUCUGCAAAAUAAACUUGUCACGUUCUGAUGAGCAACAUCCGGCAGUGGGAACAUGAGUAACGGAGCAGCGAAAAAAAAAACAUAAUUAAUUAAUUAAAAGAGUUCUUUUUCUCCUUUUUCUGUUGUUCACUCCAAUUUGUCAACCUUAUUUUGAACUCUGAAUUACUUCAUUUUCCUCUCCUCUCCUAUGCAUUUUCGAACGUGUUUUUGUCCAAUUUUCUGUUAGGCUAGUCGGUAUUCGAUUCUCGUUUGUCUGCUUUAUUUUAGACUCAGAAUAAGUUAUAUUCAUGCGACUUCAAGCGGAAGUGACCGUGUGGAGAGAUGGAGAGAAUUAAUCGUCAAAAUGGCAAAUUGCAAAACGUUCCCUCUCAGGAAUUUUGAGUCUUCAGGAAUGAAGCGAGAAAUCUGCCGCUUUCCCGUCGUUUUAAUGGAUCCUUUCUCGUGUUAAUGAGCUCUAUGAAGGUCGUUAAAACCUCAUUUUUUGAUAUUUAGCGUCGUUCAAAAGUUCAGAACUUUGUGCUCCUGCUUUUCAUUCAUUUUUCUGAGCUGCAACUGAGCUCGUCCAGCUCUUUUUUAUUCUUUCCAGCAUUUCCAAGUUCAAAACGAACUUUAGUACCGCACUUUCUUUGAGAGAAAAUAAAAAGCGUAAAAAGCUGAAAAAAAAUUCGACUUGAAAUACUCGUUUUAUAACUGAACAUUUUUCGUGACGCUUAGGUCACUCUUCAUUUAUUUUUUUGGCUCUUCAGCCGUUUUUAAAAUUAUCGACUUUCAAGCAUUACCAAGUGCAGUUGAAAUGAAAUUUUGAAAAAAUAGUUUUUUGAGAGCAGGAUUCGAAUUUCUUGUAGGAGCCAAAUAGCCAUGAGAGAAGAAUAUGUGAUACUAUGAUUACAUGAGAAAAAUAUCCAGUAAAGUUGGACAAAAGCGCUGAAAAAUUUAAGAAAUUUUCUUAUGAAAAUUGUUUUUUUACUGAAGAUAAAAAAAUAUAGGUAUCCCAGCCUUUCCGAAUAUGCUCCCCUGAACGUCGGGAGAAAUGUGAUAGGUCAUAGAUGAAACGAAAUAAUUGCGUGUCUAUGAAUUAUUCAACAGAACCACAUAAUUCCGAGGUUUACUUUGAGUUUAUUCUCGGCUAGACGCGAGAUCAAUGAGCGCAAUUUUUCGAAUAUAUUUUUGAUAAACUAAGCCUGUCUAACCUUAUUGUUUCAAUGAAUAUUCAAAUAAAUAUUCAAGUGACUUUGAAUCGUUUCAGCAUCAUGAUCGUAGACUGGGGAGAUGGAAAGAACGUGAGCGAAUGUAUCUGUUCGGACAUCCAAAGAGAGGACUACUCGCCCGGUUUCGAAUGGUUUGUUGGUUCGAGAAAAAUGGACUUGCAUCAUUUCUUGAGCUUCAGGGCCAACUAUAUCACGAUUAUUCUGGCCCUGCCGGUCCUAUCCGUCUUUGGAGUUCUGACAAACUUCAUCAACGUUUUUCUGUACUCCAGAAAGAGGUAUGAAAGAAGAAUGAAAAGGGUUUUUGUGACCAAAGUUCCAAAACUUGAUUUUUUACAAAUUCAAAAGAGCUUGAUAAUGAUGUUUCAUUCAAGUAGAAUAUUUUUAAAAAAAUAUCUUUUAUCUGGAAGGUUGGUUAAAGAAGAAAAUUGACGACUCUCUUAUACUUUCUUCCUUGCAUUCAUUCAAUUUUACUCUUCUACUCUUUACUUUAUUUUUAAAAAAAUACGCGCCUAGGUUUAAAGCUAAAAGUUUCCAUUAUAUUUUGCUAUAAGCAAAAGGGAAAAUGCUGACGAUGGGUCACCCUCUAAGCCGUCCCUUUUUAUAGACCCGAAACGGCUGCGCGAUACUUAAAUUAAUUAUUUUAAUAUAAUUCCGUAUUACUCUUUCCCAAUCUCAUUGUAAUCACAUAAUUUCAUCCUCUUAAUGUUACAUGAAUAAUUUCAAAAUUCGCUCCUUCAAAAUUAAGACAGUCUAGAAUAUGAUCUAAUGAGCAUAUCAGCCUUCUAGAGUUGAAUAACAUUUUAAAAUUUUAAAUCAGUACUUUUCUAUCUAUUUUUUCCUCCGGCUUACUGUUUCAAAUAUUUGAUUUGUGGAGUUUCGAACUUUUUUUUCUGUUCGGUGUCUGCUUUUAACAAAAGUUUAAAAUAAUGGUAUUAAAGUUUCAUAAAUUUGCUACUUUCCAAAAGAUAAAAUUUAGGGUUAAGUUUCACUGAUCUAACCCUUUUUGUCGAUUUCGAAGCAGAUUAUGAAGGACUUUAAAAAGUCACAUGGAAUUUAGACUACAAAACUCGGCCAACACCUACCUGCUGUUCUUGGCGUGCAGCGACUUCGCCGUCAUCAUCACGGGUCUUUUCAUUUUUUGGAUAGGUUUUCUCGCUUCCACAUGAACUUCCAACUGGAAAUCUCUGCAGACUCUGCCCGAUCCUAUAUUCCAGCGCUGGCUCGGGCACCGUACACUACCGUAUACGCCCUGCCCCUGGGCUACAUGGCGCAGACUUGCAGCAUCUACUUCACUGUGGCGGCGGCGGUUGAUUGCUUUGUUAAUGUAACAGAAGACUUCAAAAAAGGAUUGAAAAGAAGAUUUUGUGUAGGUUUGCUGGCAGAACCAGACGCGACGGUACUGUACGGUGACGAGGGCAAAGCAGAUCUGCUACAGCAUCGUUUUCAUUUCGGUCAUGUACAACUCGCUGAGAUUCCCCCAGUUCAAUCUGAGGCAGUGCUUCAAUGAAGAUACUCAGGUUUCCUUUUUCAGCAAAACUACUUGAACUUAGAGAAGAUUUUUGUGUGUUCAUUCAUCUAUAGUCCAAAAUUUUUUUUUAGCUUUCUAUCUUCUUUUUUUUUUGAACAUUCUUGGACCCCGGUAACAAAUACCGGACGCGCUCCGGACGUUCCUGAACAAUUCUAGGGAUCAUUUAAAGGUUCAGAGUGCUGACGUUACUAAAGGGGCCACUAGAAACGUCCCGACACUUGGCUUUGGAAAAAUGACGUCAUAGAAAAAAAAGACAUUUUUUAAACAGCUGUCCAGCAUGUUUGCUCCGCGGAUAAAGUUCAAUUUAAUUUUUUUUUUUUUCAACGUUAAAAUAGUAAGUUUUAGUUCAUGAAGUAAGAGAUUGAAGGCAUACCGAUCGAAGUUUGUAAAGAGUCAUUGAUUAGAGAAAAAUCAAUACUUUUCCGAAAUUCCAGGAGCAAGUGAUCGAAAUCUGCCCGACGUCGCUGUUCGUCACCAUCAACACGGUCUACAACAUGUCAGUUUUGGACUGAGAAGAAAAAGACGAACGGCGAGUCACUUGCAGGUACAUGUACAUGGUGCUGAUGACGUUGCUGCCGUUCUUCUUCCUCCUCUGCAUCAACGUCAUCAUCAUGCGGCGGCAGAGCUUCCCCAAGAAGUCGACCGACUCGACGGCUUCUGGAGACGUCUGCAAGCAGCCGGAGACGUCCGGGACUUCCGACGACACCAUCACCAUGAUCAUGGUCGUCAUCCUCUUUCCUCUGCUGCAACACCUUGGUCAGUCCUAGGAGACUUUCAUCGGAAUACCGGUCGUUCUAAGAAAAUUUUUCAGAAAAUGUUUGAAGUUGAAACUCUCUAUUUUUUUGUUUGCUAGUUCCCCUCGGUGACGUUCUUGGGCAUACUUGCUAUAUUUGUGUUCCUAUCAACUUGUUGGUUAGGGAAAAAAAGGGCGCAAACGUGUCCGAUUCAUUAAAUUUUUGGAGAAUGAAGUAUAACCGUUCUGUUUUGAAUUAUAACUUUUGUUCAGGAAAUUCCAAAAUCGAUGAAAAUCCCAUUUUUUUUUGCCCAAAAACACCAAGGUUCUGAAAUAAUGGACGAGACUAUCCAGAGCUUUUUAGAAAAUUUCUGGUUUCAGAACUUAAUUUUUUUCGUCUUUUUAAUUUCAAUUUUUUUGUAGAUAAUCAUGGAAAAAGCGUUUUUUUGACAGGUUCGUAUGCGGCUUAAACUUUCCGAACUUUUCAGUCUCAUAAUACUUUUCCUUGAGAAGAAAAAGUCGUACAUUCGCUUGCUUUUCCUACUUUCUAGGUUUUUUUAAUCUAUAGAACGGUUUUCAGCUGGCGCACAAAUAUUUUUUUAAUGGGUUUGAAAAAUCUAAUUGUUCGAUUUUUCACGUAUAAUCUUAAGUUCAAAUUUUUUUAAAUCAUUUAGUCAACGAAAAAAAAUCUUUUAAAGGAACCUUUUCCUUCAAUUUUUUAUUAUACGGUUUCGUAGUGUCAUUUUAAAAUUAAAAUCAAUUUUUCAUCAUUUCUGAAACUCUCGUAAAGUCGAUCGAACGCGUAUUUCCAGGCUCUGGCGGUCAAUUUCAUCGAAAACUUCUUCGAGCCUUCUCCAGUUUUGCUCAACUUUUUGACCGACACGAGUAAUUUCCUGGUCGUCUUCAAUUCUUCGGUCAACUGUGUCAUUUAUUACAUUUUCAAUGCCGACUAUCGCGAGAUGUUUCAGUAAGUGCGCUCCAGGGAGAAAAGUGUGAUGAUUGGCUUUUCAGUAUCUACGCGAAACGUCUGUGGACGCUUAUCAGAGACGAAAAAUGUUGUUGCGUCUUCGGCUCGUCUGAUCCCUUCAACGUGUACCAGCCGGUCGCGACGCGGCUUGUUGUCGAUAACAAGGUCCAUUUCGAUGGACAAACCCUUAAAUUUCGAGAAAAAAGUCGAAAGAGUUUCAUCACAAUAACUAUAUAUUAACAAGUCUCAGAUCGAAGGAAAUGGGAAAUUUGUUGUGAUGGAGUUAAAAAUUGAGUAAAAGUCUUCUGAAGGCCAAGCACUUGAUUGAAGAGAUCCAGAAAAGGCAUCAACUUUCAAAUUAAUAAAAAGAAAGAAAGGAAAAAUUUUUUUCGCUAAGAUUUUUUUACUCACGCAAAGUGAAGUUUUUGGAUACGAAAUUUAAUUUUUAUCAUUUUUCCAUUUUUUUCUAAAGAGGUUUUUUUACAUCGAAUAAUUCAUUGAACCGCUGAAAAAGUUGAAUUUAUGAACUCCUUCCACCGCUAACUUACGACAAAAAAAUAUUUUAGGGUCGUAUAAAACUCUUUUUUAUCCCACUUUUUACGAAUACACGAGUACUAUAGUGAUUAAUUUUUUUCAAAGCAAAAUCAACUAUGUUUCCAGUUUAGAAAACGAAUAGGAGUUUCAGAACUGCAACGGCGGCUGCAACGGGAUCAAAAUGGUGUUGGAUCGUCACGAAAUGACCCAAACUGAGAAUUCAACCGAAAUCGGUAUAAAAAUACUCAAUUGAAGGCCUCUUCAAAGCCGAUUAACAGAGCCUGAGAGAAACUCGUCUCCGAUCUGGCAGCCUCUGACGUCACAGCAUCUGCCGAACGUCCAGUGGCUAUCGCCAUUCGAGCCGACGUCACACAUCGUCCUCGUCGACGACGACAACGAUUCUGGCUGCGAUGACGUCAGCCAGGUCGGUUCACAAACAAACUCUGAAAUGAAGAGUUCUUGAAGAUUUCGACGCGAGCCGGCACGAGAUGGCUCGCCGAAGUGAACAUCGUCGACGAGGGCGCUUCUGAAGGCUCCGUCCGACGUCCGCAAAUCUUCGUCAAGCCAAUCAGUUCUUUGCCAAUUGUCCAUUCCAGGGAUUCUCGUAGCGAAAUCAUUCCUGUCACUUCCCUUUAA